AUGCCGUACGAGUCCAUCCUCAGGAAAGCACGCUGGGGAACAAAGUCUUCAGGACGACGCCCCCAAGAGGGAAGCGACGUGGAUCGACGCCGUCGUCCGGCCCUGCCACGGCCUAGGCUUUCACCCGAAAAACUAAGCUCCGGGAGCGCAGGAGGUCGAAGGCUCCAUGAAGGCCCCCAAGAGGAUAGCGACAUCCAUAGCUGCCGCGCCAUCAGCUUUCGCUCGGAGCAGCCGAACCUCCGCACUCCCACGUUGCCGAACGGAGAUGAGGGAGACCCACAACGCCGCCGGCCUGCGAACCACUGGCACAAGCACCUCCCACGCGGCGACGACGCCACACCACGUAGGACCACCAACCUCACCGCCGGCAGGAGCCGACCCCCAUCUCCACCGUGGCCGCCGCACCCGCCCCGGCCCUGGGCAGCACCACCGGCCGUCCUCCCCACGUUGCCGGAGAGGGACAGAGCUAGAGCCAGGGACGCAGCACCUCACAACGCGAGGCCAUGCGCGCCCCAGACACAACGCCCUGCCGCCGCGCCCGCCCUCCGCUGCACAGCCCGCCACGCCGCCAAAACGCGGCCCAGAUCGGGCCCGGACGGCCCGCACCGCCCGCCGCCAUCAACAGCAGCACCUCGACCCCGCACAGCCACCACGCGCCGCCCGCUGCCGGAAGCGCCGCCGCGCCUGCCGUCCAUCUCCUCGCCCGCCGCCCGUCGCCGCGCCCGCCACCCGCUGUCGCGCCCAAGUGAGCUCCCUCUCACCAGGGGCCGCGGGAGGGAAGAAGCCGCCCCGCCGCCACCUUCCCCGGGGUGCGCGAGGCUUUGA